CAAAUAGGCAGACUGAUUUUACUAUAUAUCACACUAAACCCUUGGUUGGUAACCAUAAAUCACAUAUCAUCUUCUCAAUAUUCUACCAUCUUCACUGCUUAACCAUGCCUCCUCCUCCUGUUGCUGUUUACAGAUCGGAUGAUUUCUUAGCCCGUACUGCUUUCUACCUGAGAUUUCCUGUAGCUGCUUUGACUGAAGAACUUGAAAACCGAACUCCCAGUGAACAACGAACUUUGAUUGGUGAGACGCUCUACCCUUUGGUGGAACUACUCCAGCCAAUGUUUGCACCAAAAAUCACAGGAAUGCUACUUGAACUACCCCGACCCCAAAUCUUUCGGUGCAUAGAAUCACCAGAAGUCCUCAAAGAGAAGGUUAAUGAGGCAAUUGAUGUUUUAGUGGACUGGUAUCCCCAACAGAUGCAGCUAAACGAGCAAGAAGCUAGGGAGUUUCGAGCAGCCAUGCUCUUAUCUAAGCUUUGAUGUGAUUUUGCUUGGUUUAAUUAAUGUUUGAUGUUGCAUUUUGAUUCCUCAUUUCUGUUCCUAAUAAAAAACUUGAUCCUAUCAUUAUUAUUAAAGUACUCAAUGUUCUAAUGAAAAUUUUAAAACAUAUAUUUUGUUUUGUUUUGUCCAAAACUAAAAAUAUGUGAUUAUCAUCUAUGCCAAACCAACCAUAAACACAAACACAAGACCAACCAUAAAAACAAAUGCAAAGGCCAAACCAAGAAACCAACC